AUGCCCCGCCGCAGCCUAACGGUCCAGAUCCCCGACCCCGAAAGCGAAGAGAUUUCCGCUGAGCCCCCGAGACCUAUUGAGUGGAUCCGGGCGGGCGACGCGGUCUGCGACGACGACGACGAUUCCGACGACGAAAAUUGGGACAUCGACAUAUCGCGCACGAGCACUGGGGGAACCCGUUACAGUGCGCCUCCUUAUUGCAAUGGCGGUUAUCAGGACCCGCAAGUACUGCUGCUGGGCCUCCGCGCGGGAUCGGACCGUCCGCCCAUCUCCCACAGCGGACCCCAGCCGUGCACUGGCGCAAUUCACGGCAGCUCGAGGCUUCCCAAAGGACAGGCCAGCUGCCCAUCCGUACCCGACCCGAGCGGUGCUUCUCAAUUCCGAAGGAAUGAGGAUGAUGAGGGGGAAGAGGAAUGGGACGAGGACAGAGAAGGCGAGGAGCAAUCCCCCGACGCGGGAAUCACGGCGUCGGAGAUCUCCGCGCGAUUGAAGCUUCUAGAGGUAGAGCUGCAGAUCCUGGAAACGCAUCGCCGAGUCGCUGUGCUACGCUGUCAGCGCGAAGUCAACGGUUCCGCGGAGAUUAACUCCGGUGCGGAUAAGGCCUCCGCCUCUGCGGCAACCACCGGUUGCGCUAGCGGAGCCGCGGACGCUGCUGCUGCGCCUGCGGGUAGCAGAGCCGCCAGUGUCUGCGCCGCUAGCAGCGCGGGAAAUUCCGGAAGCAACUCCGCGAGCUCGUCCCGCGCGUCCUCGCGGUCGGAGUCCCCGCUGCGGCUGGGCAGGUGGCGGCGCAGCCGGCGGUCGAGCAGCGGAAGCAGCAGCCUGGGGCAAAGCAGCGCAACCAACAGUUCGGGGGGCAGCACUAGGAGCGGGCUGAGUUCAGGGAGGCGGAGCCUCGACUGGGAGGGGCUAAGGGGCGCGGAGAAAGCGAAAACCGCCCCAAGAAAAUCUCUAGAUCUUGCUGGCGUGGCGUGUAUGGUGGAGGAGGAUGAUGAAGAUCACGAGAGUGGGGAGUGCCUGGAGGUAGAGAGUGACUCGGUGAUCCAGCCGCAUUGCCAUGCGGCUGUCGCUAGCGCGUCGUGCACGCGGCUGGCGAAGCCCUCGUCGUCGCAGGCGUCGCACAUAAAAUCGCCGAUCUAUGGCCGGCCCGUCGCAGCCAGCUCGUACCUCGAGUCGCACGCCGCCAUCGUCGCAGCCUCGCCGAUCGCAACCUCUCCGUCCUCCGCGAUCCGCAACCGCCGCCUGAAGCGCCGCGCCGUCAUCUCCGCAGCGGCGGGCGACGGCGGGGAAGGCGCGCCGGCACCGGUGCCGGUGCCGGCGGCGCCCGUGACGGCGCCGUGGAAGGGCGCGAACUUGAAGACGCUGGGAAUCUCGGUGGCGACGGGCGUCGCGAUGUGGUACUGCCCGCGACCCGAAGGCGUCGCGGCUAACGCGUGGCAGCUUCUGGCGAUCUUCCUCGCGACGAUCAUCGGCAUUAUCACGCAGCCGUUGCCCCUGGGAGCGGUUGCGCUUAUGGGUCUGGGCGUGAGCGUGCUCACGAAGACGCUCACCUUCGCUGCUGCCUUCAGCUCCUUCGGCGAUCCCAUCCCGUGGCUCAUCGCGCUCGCAUUUUUCUUCGCCAAGGGCUUCAUCAACACGGGUCUCGGCAACCGCGUUGGUUACCAGUUCGUCGCCGCUUUCGGCAGCACGUCGCUCGGCCUGGGUUACAGCCUCGUGCUCUCCGAAGCAAUGCUCGCGCCCGCCAUCCCCUCGGUCUCCGCGCGCGCGGGCGGGAUCUUCCUUCCGCUGCUCAAGGCGCUGUGCCAGGCGUGCGGAAGCCGCACGGACGACGGCACCGAGAAGAAGCUUGGCUCGUGGCUCGUGCUGACCUGCUUCCAGACGUCCAUCGUAUCCUCCGCCAUGUUCCUAACCGGCAUGGCGGCGAACCCGCUCGCCGUGAAUCUCGCGGCGGGCGCCAUCGGCCACACGAUAGGCUGGACGGAGUGGGCCAAGGCGGCGCUGGUGCCCGGACUCAUCUCGCUCGCCGUCAUGCCCGCGCUGCUCUACGUCAUCUACCCGCCGGAGAUUAAGGCCAGCCCCGACGCGCCCAAGCUCGCGCGCGAGAAGCUCUCGAGCAUGGGACCGAUGAGCACGAACGAGAAGAUCAUGGCAGGCGUGUUGGUCGGCACGGUGGGUCUGUGGGUCUGCGGCGGCGUGUUGGGCAUCGACGCGGUAACCGCAGCCAUCAUGGGGCUCAGCGCGCUGCUGAUCACGGGCGUGGUGACGUGGAAGGAGUGUCUGGGCGAGGGCGUCGCGUGGGACACACUCACGUGGUUUGCUGCUCUCAUUGCCAUGGCCAACUAUCUCAACAAAUACGGCCUCAUUGCUUGGUUCAGCCAGACUGUUGUCAAUCCGUCAUACUCCCUCUUCUCAUCAUCCUUUCCACCACUCCCCUCUCCCAUUCCCCCCACUCUCCCCCACUCUCAUAUCCCCACCCACCAGCUCGUCUCCUCCAUGGGUCUCGCCUGGCAGCCAGCCUUCGGACUCCUCGUCAUCCUCUACUUCUACUCGCAUUACUUCUUCGCUUCCGGCGCUGCUCACAUCGGAGCCAUGUUCGUUGCCUUCAUCUCCGUCGCUUCGGCUCUCGGCACGCCUCCCCUGCUCGCCGCCAUGGUCCUCUCCUUCAUGUCGAACCUCAUGGGUGGGAUCACGCACUACGGGAUUGGUUCCGGCCCGCCGUUCUAUGGGUCGGGGUACGUGUCACUCAAUGAUUGGUGGUUCUACGGGUUUAUCUGCAGCGUGGUGAAUCUGGUGAUCUGGCUUGGUGUGGGCGGGUUGUGGUGGAAGUUUCUGGGGAUCUGGUAG